GUCCGCCGAGCCGGCAAUUCCGGGAUCGAAGCCUGAAACUGGGGUCAAGCAACCUGCCUAGGUGAAAUGAUGAAUUGGACCGGCCGUUCCCUCAACGAGUUUCACAAUAUUUUGCCUAUUCGGACAUAGGAGGACCACUAUAAAAACUUCGCUCUCCCUCCCUGCUCUCACCACACCGAUAUCUCUUCGUCUUCAUUUCUCCUCCCGUGUCCUCUACUCCUCUCGUGUCCGGCCGGUGUCUCCUUACAGGCCAGCCUCUUCCCCUCCAUAUCGACCACUGCAGCUUAGGAGAACCAUACUCCAUGGAGAAACAGAGCAGAAGCAUGCUCGCUUUAGUGGCCGUGUCCUUGGUCGUCGCAAUGCUGCCGUCCAGCCAGGCGGCAUACGGCGGCGACGGCUUGUCAAAGGACUACUACAGCUCGUCGUGCCCUGGGCUGCUGUCCUUCGUGAGGGAGGAGGUGACGAGGAAGAAGAACGAGACGGUGGUCACCAUCCCAGCAGUGCUCCGCCUCUUCUUCCACGACUGCUUCGUCAACGGCUGUGACGCUUCAGUCCUAAUAGCCUCUCCCAACAACGAUGCCGAGAAGAACUCGGAGGACGAUGACUCCCUCGCCGGCGAUGGUUACGACACAGUCAACCGGGUCAAGGCUAGGGUCGAGAGGGAGUGCCCCGGCGUGGUCUCCUGCUCCGACAUCCUUGCCCUUGCCGCCAGAGACGUUGUCAGCCUGGCAGAUGGCCCAUACUGGACUGUGGAGCUCGGGCGCCGCGACGGCCUUGUCUCCAAGGCCAGCGACGUGGACGGCAAGCUUCCUGGCCCUGACAUGAAAGUCAAGGAGCUCACCGCCAUCUUCAAGAACAGCGGCCUGUCCCAGUGGGACAUGGUCGUGCUCUCUGGUGCGCACACAGUCGGGUUCGCCCACUGCACCCGCUUCUACAAGCGGCUGUACAGUUUCAACAGCACCCACGAGACUGAUCCGUGGUUCAACCAGGCCUACGCGCAGCAGCUCAUGGAAGCAUGCCCGCGCAACGUCAGCGCAACCAUUGCCGUAAACAUGGAUCCCGUCAGCCCGAUCAAAUUCGACAACGAGUACUACACCAACCUCGUCAACGGCUUGGGCCUCUUCACCUCUGACCAGGUGCUCUACAAGGACAAUGCAUCACAAAAGAUAGUGCAGGAAUUUUCCGCGAACCAGACAAAAUUCUUCGAGGCGUUCACGGAAUCCAUGAUCAAGCUGGGGAGAGUAGGGGUGAAGACUGGAAACAGUGGAGAUAUCAGAAGAGACUGCACUGCCUUCAACCACUAGAUGACUGCUUCAGCAACUGUAAUUCAGAUGUAUUGUUUGGAGUUUGACAUGCAUUUACCUUUCUUAGAGGGAUUCGAUAGACAUAUACUGAGUUUGAUUCUUUUGCAUACGUUUCCAUUGCUUUAGGGAUUUUUUUCUCCUUUUUUUUUUCUUUUUCUCAUUUUGGCUUAUUGUUUGUGGGUGCAUUUUUGUACAGCCUGAAGAGUGUAAUGCCAUUGAGGAUUAUCUCUUGAAAAAAGAAAUUUAAACUGAUGAA